GUAUUCUGAAAAUUUCAUCGACCAUUUUUCAUUUUUAUAUCGAGAAAUCCCGAUAAAGAACUCAAUCAAUUUAUAAAAUAGAUACGACAAGAAGAGCCCGAAAAUGUCGCCAUUUCCGGUACUUGUGACAGUGGUGACACUAGUCCUGGUAUCUUUCGUUUCCAUCGGAAAUGGCGAACUUUACACUGCACUUGCUGAUAUGGAAGAACUUCUGGAAACUGAGUCCGUGCUCAUUGACACUCUCCAUGGAUACAUAAAAGUCCAGGAGCAGCGACUUGCUAUAUUAAGAAGAAACGUGGAAAAUUACUCUCGCGAGCACGAAGAGGCAUCACGUAACAUCCAACAGUACCUCUCGAAUCCAAUAAACGCUUACCUGCUCGUAAAGCGAUUGACGACGGAUUGGAAGCGCGUAGAGGAGCUGAUAACAGAAGACGUGGGGAAGGCAUUUGUAGCAAACAUCACGAUCUCCCGUAGUGACCUGAAAUUUCCGACGGACGAGGAUCUAAACGGCGCUGCGGUGGCUCUCAUGAGACUGCAGGACACGUACAAGCUCGACACAUCCCAGGUCGCCAGGGGUGUCCUCAACGGUGUCCAGUACAGCACCGGCUUAAGUGCCGGCGACUGCUUCGAGCUUGGACGCCAGUCAUACAAUAAUGGCGACUAUUAUCACACUGUGUUGUGGAUGCAGGAGGCCAUGAACCGGCUCCAGGAUGAACAAAAUAGAACUACGUCAAACAAGCCAGAUAUACUUGAGUAUCUCGCCUUUUCUACUUAUAUGCAAGGUAACGUUGCGCGUGCCUUGAGUAUGACAAAUGAGCUCCUUGAACUUGUACCUAGCCAUCAAAGGGCUUUGGGCAACCGAGCGUACUAUCAAGAGGAGAUACAAAAGAGCCAGGGCAAGAGGAAGCGCGGUGAAGACGGAAAAAAUGAUCUUACUCUAGCUAGCCAACAAUUCACAGUCGUUGAAAAAAAAGUAAAACCAAUAGAGGAAAUGACAGAACGUGAGCGUUACGAAAUGCUUUGUCGCGGUGAAGUUCCAAUGUCACCUCAACUCCAAAAAGACUUAAAAUGUCGUUAUAUCGAUCGUGGAAUUCCAUUUCUAAAGAUCGCGCCGUUCAAGGAGGAAGAAGCUUAUCUCGAUCCACGUAUUGUUAUAUAUCACGAUGUAAUAAGCGACGCUGAAAUUGACACGAUAAAAAGAUUAGCGCAGCCUAGGUUUAAACGUGCUACUGUGCAAAAUUACAAGACUGGUGAACUGGAAAUAGCCAACUACCGAAUCAGCAAGAGUGCAUGGCUCCAAGAGUACGAGCACAAACACGUACAGGCUGUGAGCCAGAGAGUAGAACAUAUGACCAGUAUGACUGUCGAGACUGCGGAGGAGUUGCAGGUGGUCAAUUACGGUAUUGGAGGGCAUUACGAGCCGCACUUUGACUUUGCAAGGAGAGAGGAAACUAAUGCAUUUAAGAGCCUUGGAACUGGUAAUCGCAUCGCUACUGUUUUAUACUACAUGAGCGAUGUUGAACAAGGAGGUGGUACAGUAUUCACCGCAAUAAAUAUAUCUUUGUGGCCAAAAAAAGGCAGUGCUGCAUUUUGGUAUAAUUUAAAACCUAACGGAGAAGGAGAUUACAAAACGCGACAUGCUGCUUGUCCAGUUUUAACAGGCUCUAAAUGGGUUGCGAACAAAUGGCUGCACGAGAGAGGCCAAGAAUUCCUGAGGCCGUGUACGUUAGAAAACCAGCCGCCAGACGACGAUGUAGGAAGAUAUUAAAAGAUUUAGCUGAUCAGUGAACUGGUCAUCCCCUCGGGAUCUUCAGCAUCCUCUACGUGACUUUUGUGGCGAAACGAUUGGACAAGAAUCUUAAUGAGAUUACUAUACAAUACCGAGAUCAGAAUUAAGAUUAAUAAAGUGGAUAGUUUUUUCUAGAAAAUGAUAAAAGAGAAAACAAAGAUUAAAUACCGCUAGAACGGAGUCUCAGUCCCAAAUUUAUAUUGUAAUUAGUUUAUCUUUUGGCAGUGAGUGUUUAUAAAAGUUAUUAUUACAACAUAUCUCCAUUUGUCGAGUGGUUUUUAAUAAUGCGGCUUUUAUUAUUAUUAUUUUAAAUUUACUCACUUUUAUAGGCAUUCAUUUUAUUAUUUUUUAUAAAAAUUAUUGAGAAAGAUUUGUAAUAAGCUUUGUCAUGAAAAGUAUGUUUUUUUUGUUACAAUAAUUUUCAAAAAUAAAAAAAAAAAUAUCCCCAAUUAAACAACUUUUCAUGACCAAUAUUAUUUUGUACUGUAAAAAUAUUAUUGUAUUUGUAAUAGACAAUAUAUAUAUAAGUUAAUUGUUAUUUACCAGAUCACCGAUCGUGAAUAACAAUAAAAAAGUCUGCAAGUUUACUCGUUAAUUAUUAAAAACCUCCAGUAGCCAGUAAAGAUAGUCCUAUCCAAAAACUAAAAAAAAAUAGUUAUCACUUGAUAAUAAAUAGAAUAAUUAAAAACACUGUAAAUUUUCAACAAACCACUACAACGGAUAGUUUUUACAAUUAGUAUACUAAUUAAGAUACCUAUUAAGUUUGCAACGGUACAACCAUAACAAUAAAAAAUUUAUAAUUAUU